AGCACUCGGAGGAAGAACUGAUAAAUUUGUAUCUCUGAUCAAAAUGAAUAAAAUUAUUUUUUGCACACUCGUGGCUUUGAUAGUUCCAUUAGUUUCCGAAAUAACAGCAGAGGAAACCAAAUCUCCUGAUCAAAUAACUUUCACAACAACCAAACCUAAAUUGAACAAAGGAUUUAACCCAAAAUUUGUUCGAAUUCUCUCAUCAGAUGAGGUCAAAAAGAGCAAUGACAACGAGAAGGAAAAGAAAGAAACAACUCUGAAAAAAGUCCCCAAAAACAAAUUAGGAAUUGGUCGAUACAGCCCUCGACAUGUUAACAGUCCGAUCCAAAUGAUUUACAAAAUCGAUGAAGUACCUUUGAGUAAAAUUAAACCUUUUGUCGCAUCUGAACCCUACAUGGGCCCAAAACUGAGACUUGCUGAUGGCGCUUAUCCCGUGUAUUACGGAGGAGCCUACACAAACGGAAAAUUCGGAAAGUCAAUUAAGUUUUACAACUUGAGAGAGUUUCGACAAUUGUUCAAGUCGACGUGAAAUUAAUAAAGAAAGGACUUUCUUUGUAUAAGGUGAUGGUUAAAAAUUUAAGUUAAGUGAAAAUGUAAUAAAAACUGCCUAAUUUUAACUGAAUAAUAGU